UCAACGCAAAAGGUUGUCUAUAAAUUAAAUCGGAGCCAUCCAAUUGAUGAGAUUUUGUGCUGCUGUGAAUUACGAGCAAUGUCGGCGUUUGAACUAAAAAAUUUAAAUGAUUGCUUGGAAAAGCACUUACCUGCUGAUGAACUAAAGGAGGUGAAGCGAAUUUUGUACGGUGUGGAAGAAGACCAAACGCUGGAGCUGCCCACCAGUGCCACAGACAUCGCCCAAGAGAAUGGCUUUGACCUCAAAGGAUAUCGCUUCACGGCCCGAGAAGAGCAAACUCGAAAGCGCCGUAUUGUUAGGGUUGGCGCCAUACAGAACUCAAUCGCGAUCCCCACCACAGAACCCAUUGAAAAGCAGCGGGAGGCCAUUUGGAGCAAGGUGAAGACCAUGAUCAAGGCGGCGGCGGAGGCUGGGUGCAAUAUUAUUUGUACCCAAGAAGCGUGGACCAUGCCAUUUGCAUUCUGCACUCGAGAGAAGUUCCCCUGGUGCGAGUUCGCCGAGGAGGCCGAAAACGGACCCACGACCAAGAUGCUUGCUGAGCUGGCCAAGUCCUACAACAUGGUGAUCAUCCACUCGAUCCUGGAGCGCGAUAUAGAGCACGGCGAGACCAUUUGGAACACGGCUGUGGUCAUCUCGAACAGCGGUCGUUACCUGGGCAAGCACCGCAAGAACCACAUUCCCCGGGUGGGCGACUUCAAUGAGUCCACGUACUAUUUGGAGGGCGACACCGGACACCCGGUCUUCGAGACGGAGUUUGGCAAGCUGGCCAUUAACAUCUGCUAUGGGCGCCAUCACCCGCAGAACUGGAUGAUGUUCGGGCUGAAUGGGGCGGAGAUCGUCUUCAAUCCCUCGGCCACGAUCGGACGGCUAUCGGAGCCUCUUUGGAGCAUUGAAGCACGAAACGCCGCCAUCGCCAAUAGCUAUUUCACUGUGCCGAUUAAUCGCGUGGGAACGGAGCAAUUCCCUAACGAGUACACCUCUGGGGAUGGUAAUAAGGCCCAUAAGGAGUUCGGACCCUUCUACGGUUCUUCGUACGUCGCUGCUCCUGACGGUUCGAGGACUCCGAGCUUGUCGCGAGACAGAGAUGGCUUACUAGUUGUUGAACUUGAUCUGAACCUAUGUCGCCAGGUGAAAGACUUUUGGGGCUUCCGCAUGACUCAAAGGCUCCCACUCUAUGCGGAGUCUCUUGAAAAGGCUUCGAAACAGGACUUCAAGCCGCAGAUCAUCAAGGAAACAUGAUUAUAACACUGGAACAAUGGUUCUACUUUAAGAAAGAUUGCAUUUUUAAUUCAUUUAAUAAAGCAUAAAACUUUUUAGAA